GGGAUGGGGACGGGUACCGGUGUAGGGGCACUCGGAAGGGACGGAUAUCACUGUGACACUGCGAGGACGCCCUGAGGGGACGGGUGUCGGUGUGGCACCUGUGCACGCUGAAGGAGCCGGCGGAACGGGGUGGCCAUGGGGAUGUGGGCGUCGCUGGACGCGAUGUGGGAGAUGCCGGCCGAGAAGCGUAUCUUCGGGGCCGUGCUGGUCUUCUCCUGGACGGUGUAUCUUUGGGAGACCUUCCUAGCACAGCGGCAGAGAAGGAUAUAUAAAACAACAACUCAUGUACCACCGGAGUUAGGACAAAUCAUGGACUCUGAAACAUUUGAGAAAUCUCGACUAUAUCAACUGGAUAAAAGUACUUUCAGCUUUUGGUCAGGACUCUAUUCAGAGAUUGAAGGCACUCUUAUUCUUCUCUUUGGUGGAAUCCCUUAUCUCUGGAGACUUUCUGGACGCUUCUGUGGUUAUGCUGGCUUUGGACCAGAACAUGAGAUCACUCAGUCCUUGGUGUUUCUGCUGUUGGCUACGCUUUUCAGUGCGUCGACUGGUUUGCCAUGGAGUCUUUACAAUACUUUUGUGAUAGAAGAAAAACAUGGUUUCAAUCAACAGACUUUGGGGUUCUUCAUGAAAGAUGCAAUCAAGAAAUUUGUUGUGACUCAGUGUAUUUUAUUGCCUGUGUCUUCACUUCUACUUUACAUUAUCAAAAUUGGGGGUGACUAUUUUUUUAUUUAUGCCUGGCUGUUCACAUUAGUUGUUUCUUUGGUUCUUGUCACAAUCUAUGCUGAUUAUAUUGCCCCUUUAUUUGACAAGUUCACACCUCUGCCUGAAGGAAAGCUUAAACAAGAAAUUGAAGUAAUGGCAAAGAGUAUUGAUUUUCCUUUAACUAAGGUAUAUGUUGUUGAAGGGUCUAAACGCUCUUCCCACAGCAAUGCUUAUUUUUAUGGCUUCUUCAAGAACAAGCGAAUAGUUUUGUUUGACACUCUACUAGAAGAGUACUCUGUACUAAACAAAGGCAUCCAGGAGGAGUCUGGCAUGGAACCUCGCAAUGAUGGAGAAGGGGACAGUGAAGAAGUAAAAGCUAAAGUUAAAAAUAAGAAACAAGGAUGUAAAAAUGAGGAGGUGCUUGCUGUACUAGGCCAUGAACUGGGGCACUGGAAGUUGGGACACACAGUCAAAAAUAUUGUUAUCAGCCAGAUGAAUUCUUUCCUGUGUUUUUUCUUGUUUGCUGUAUUAAUUGGUCAAAAGGAACUUUUUGCUGCAUUUGGUUUUUAUAACAGCCAACCCACUCUAAUUGGACUAUUGAUCAUCUUCCAGUUUAUUUUUUCACCUUACAAUGAGGUUCUUUCUUUUUGCCUGACAGUCCUGAGCCGCAGAUUUGAGUUUCAAGCUGACGCAUUUGCCAAGAAACUGGGGAAGGCUAAAGACUUAUAUUCUGCUUUAAUCAAACUAAACAAAGAUAACUUGGGAUUCCCUGUUUCUGAUUGGUUGUUUUCAAUGUGGCAUUAUUCUCAUCCUCCUCUGCUAGAGAGACUUCAAGCUUUGAAAAAUACAAAGCAAGACUGAGAUGCCCAGGGUCUGUGACUGAAGACAUUUAUGAUUAUUUCUGUCCUGGCAGCAUGUUCCAGCUCUUGAUGUUUUUAAACUUUUUCUUUUUUUUUAAAGAAAAAUUAAGUACAGAUGAGCUCAGAUUUAAAUACAUUUAACAUUUCAUUUCAAAAAUGAUUUUAAUAAUCCAUUUCUUAAAGAAAACACUGGGUGAAAUUUUGAGGCUUAAUGUUUUUAAAGGUGUAGUUUUCUUUUAUCUUUGACAUCUAAUUUACCACCAACUGAUAGAAUUGAGAAAAUACAGCACUUGUUUUAUUUAUAUGCUUAUAUGGAAUCUGCAUAUUAAGGGGUUUGGGGCAUAUGUUUAAAAGAGGGAACACCACCUCUGAGUCCCUUCUGUCAGGCAGAAGCAAUGGUCCCAAAUCAUUGUGCUUACACCUAAGUUGAAACUGGUUUCAACUUCAUCCCCGUUAUUAUUUAACCUGACCAAUCAGUGUUUUAAAUAAGAAAGAAAGAUAAUAGUUGGCUAAUGCUAUGUAAAUGAAAGUAAAUAGAGGGCCGGCCAGUGGCUCACGUGGGAAAGUGUGGUGCUGAUAACACCAAGGCCACAGGUUCAGAUCCCUAUGUAGGGAUGGCCAGUUAGCUCACUUGGGAGAGCGUGGUGCUGACAUCACUAAGUCAAGGGUUAAGAUCCCCUUACCAGUCAUCUUUAAAAAAAAAAAAAAGUAAUUAGAAAUAUGCUCUGCUGUUCAUUGUACCAAAUUUCAAAUUUCUCUGUUCCCUCUCUUGCUGCACACUGAUCAGGAGUUUGUAAUAGUGCUUUGAAAUUAGAAAUUAUGUAUAAGAUAUUUUAAAUCAUUGAGUUUUGUUUUUGUUUUUAAGGAAAUCUUAGUCUUUUCCUUCCCACGUGGCGGGUAUGGUCCCAUUAGGGGCAAAUUGUAGCUUUUUCUCAUUCAUUCUCUUUUAUUCAAUAAUAGUACAUUUUUUCACUUAGCACUUAGCAGAAAUUGCCAUAUUGAACAGGUUUUGCUAUGUUAAAAGUGGCAGAACAUGGAAAAAGAAGAAAUAACAUUUUAAGAGACAUGAUGAUUCUCUUAUGAUAUUACAGGAAAAAAAUAUAAUUUUCUUUCUCAAGGACAGAAGCAUUUUAGUUUUUGUUUUCGUAAUUUUUAAUCAGUAAGUCAUAAGUAAUAUUUAAUUAGGACUGAUUCCAUUUUUGAAAAUUAUAGUUCCUGAUAUGCAGAUAAUGUUUGCUUUCAAAACAAAUGUCAUGAAAGAUUUCCUGUUUAAAAAGCUGUGGUUUUCAUUACUUUACAUGCCUGCCCACUUUCUGAAUGAAACCUUAUUUUGUGCCUAGAGCUCCCACUCACUGAUAAUGUUUACCUUUGGGCAUUGAUUCCUAUGUGGGAUUGACUGUGCACCUUUGGUAUCUGGCCAUAAAGUCCUUUGCUUGGCUUACAUUUGGAUGAUAUCUUCAAAUGGAAACAUAAUAAAAAUAAAAAUCUAGUUAGUACUGCAUUAUUUAUUUUCCUAAUGCUAAAGAGGAACAGUCCUAUGGUUUUUUUAUGCAGCAUUCUUUAACUGUAACUUCAUGCUGUGAUAACUGCCUUUCCUUCCUUCUGUGCCUUUAAAUACAAAUUUCAGUUCUGCACAAGUGAAACAUUAAAAA